UUUUCGGCCCUUUUUGGGAACUCGUCCGUGAAGUACGCUGAAGCAGGAGCAGGUUCCAGAUGGAGCGCCCUACUUUCUUCCGCGCGGCAGAUGACCUGGAUUUGAUGGCUCCGCUGAGCGACCUCAGCGACGAUGACCUUGCUCCAUGCGCAGCUCGUUCCAUGGCACUCAUGGCCAAGAAACGAGGACUGGCCCAGAAGCAGCCCGAGGCUCCAAAACCUGCAAGGAGUGGCCGACAGCUGUGGGCAGACAUCACUACGGACGAUGAAGACAACUUUCCUGCUUGGCCCCCCGCACCCAAAGCAGCACCUGUGACCACUGCCCCAGAAGUGAAGAUUUCGGAGACGAAGGGUGAUGAGUUACUGUGGGACCCCAUCGGCUUGGGCAGCUCUGAGUCCUACCUGACUGAUCUCCUGUAUCACAAGACUCAAACGAAGACAUCAGGCGCAGGCACUGUCUUUGACAAGUGGUCCUGGAGCACUGCUGCUACAGACUCUCCGGAUUCCACUCUUGAAGAUUUUCAAGCGGACGACGAAGACCAAACACCACAGG